AUGGUAUUAAUAUAUUCAAGACAAAAAGAAUGUAAAAUUCAUAAAGAACAAAAAUAUUAUUCAUUUUGUCAAGAAUGUGAAUGUUUAGUUUGUAAAGCAUGUUUAUUAGGAGUUCAUAAAGGUCAUAAACAUAAAGAUUUUACAGAAUGUGAUGAUUUGGAUAACCUCUAUAAAUCAUAUAAUCAAUUAUCAUCAGAGAUGCCCUCCUAUGAGGAGUAUCAAAAAAAGAUAACAUCACUCCAAGACGAGAUUGGAUCAUUAUUAGAAUCUUAUGAAAGUUGUAAAAAUGCAAUUACAAAUCAAUUUAAAGAUUUAUCGAUACUAAUUGCAAAUAGAGAAUCUCAAUUAUUAAAACAACUUCAAGAUAAAUUCAAUCAGAAAAAACAAGAUAUUCAAGAGAAAUUAAAAUAUUUAGAUUCAAUUGAAAAUUGUUUUUCACCUAUAAAAUUAAAUAAUCAACAACAACAACAACAUCAUAAUAAUAAUAAUAAUAAUAAUAAUAAUAAUAAUAAUAAUAAUAAUAAUAAUAAUAAUAAUAAUAAUAAUAAUAAUAAUAAUAACCAGCAAAUGCAAUCACAACAACAAAAACAACAAAAACAACCACCAAUAAUUGAAGAGAAUGAAGAACAAGAAGAACAAGAGGAACAAGAAGAAGUUGGUAGAUCAAAAGAAGAAAAUCAUACAAUAAAUAAUAGUGGUAGUAUUAGUAAUAAUAAAAAUUUAGCAAAGAAAAAAGGUUCAGUUGGUGAAUCAUCUUCAUCUUCUUCUUCUUCAUUAUCAUCUUCAUCUUCACUUUCAUCAUCAGCCUCAAAUUCAAAUAUAAAUAAUAAUUCUAGCGGUAGUAGUAGUAGUAUUAGUAGUAAUAGUGGCAAUGGUAUUAAAUUAUUACAAAUUGAAAAACAACUUUUAUUAAAAGAUAAUGAUUGUUUUGUUGAAUUUUGUGAAAGAAAUUUUGCAAUGAAAUCAUAUAGAGACAAUUUAGAGUUUUUAGAUCAACCAUUAUCAUGUGUACUCUUAACAAAUUUUGAAUCAAUUGGUAUUGAAAAUUAUGGUACUAUCACUUCAACUGAAACUUUAUCUGAUAAUGGUUUCUUUAUUUAUACUUUAUUAAAACAAGAUGAUAAUAAUAUUAAUAAUAAUAAUAAUAAUAAUAAUAAUAAUAGAAAUAGUGGUGGAAUUGUUGGUGGAGGUGGUGGUAUAAAUAAUGAGGAUUCAGAAUCAUUAAUUAUUGAAGAUGAAGCAUUUUAUAAAAUGGAAAUGUUAAAUGUUACCGAUAUGAAAUGGAGAACAAUUCAAUUUGGUGAUUUAUCAAACAGAAGAGGUAUUUGGAUACAAGUUGCUAAUAAAUAUAUUUAUUCAUUUAGUGCAAAUAAUUGUUGUAAUAUUAGUUGUAAUAUAAAUUUUAAUAAUAAUAAUAAUAAUAAUAAUAAUAAUAAUAAUAAUAAUAAUAAUAAUAAUAAUAAUAAUAAUAAUAAUUAUAAUAAUAAUGGUUGUGAUAACUAUUUAUAUAGAUUUUGUUUACCAACAAAUAGUUGGGAAAAUUUAGGAUUAUUACCAAUUGAAUUGAAUCAAACAUCAACACCAGUUUAUGAUGGAUUUAAAUCAAUAUAUAUAUUUGGUGGUAAAUCAAGAAUAAAGAGUGGAAAGUUAAUUAAGGAUGUUUAUUUGUAUGAUACAAUUACAAAUUCAUUUCAAGUGGUUGAUGAUUAUGAUAUUCAAAUCUCAAAUUUAUUAGCGGCUUAUGAUGGUUCAAAGAAUAUUUAUUUAUUUGGUGGCACAUUGGAUCAAGAGAAUGGUAAACCAAAUUUACAAGUUUAUUCAUUCAGUUGUCAGUCAAUAAAGUAUGGUUACACUUCUGGAUUAUUUCCAUUAUUUAGUUUACCAGAAUCCGAUUGUAGAGUAUUGGCCGUUAGAAAUGAUAGAAAGAAUAAUCAUAUCUACAUUUUAACUGUUAAAUCAUUUAAAAGAUAUUCAAUCACUUCGAAUAGAAUGAAAACGUUACCAUAUCCAAUUAUAGCCAACCAAGGUUGUUUCGAUAAACCUUUUAAAUUACUCUUUGACUAUGGUAAUAAAUUGUUUUUAUUUGGUUGGAAUUUUAGUUACUACUUUAAUAUUCAAGAUAAUUAUUGGUAUACCAUUCCUUUCAAUCAAUCCCUUCAAAAUUUUACAAUCGAAUGUGCUAUCGUCACUCAUAAUAAUUUACCAAGUCAAUUAUCAACUUUAUUCCAAAAUUUAAUCUCUCAAUCAAUUAAACAAUUAUCAAGAAAUAAUUCUGAUCAAGAUGAUGAAAAUUUUGAAAUAAUUCAAAUUCAAAAACAACCUGAAAUUAAAAGACCAUCUUCAACAAAUUCUACAAAUUCUUCAAAUUCAAGUAAAAAUAAAUCAUCUCAACAACCACCACAACAACCUCAACAGCAAUCACAACAACAACAACAGCAAUCACAACAACAACAACAACAACAACAACAACAACAACAACAACAACAACAACAACAACAACAACAACAACAACAACAGCAAUUACAACAACAAAAUUUACCAACAAUAACUAUAACAAAUACUCAAACUACAAACCAAAAUUUACCAUCAACACCAUCAUCUUCUUCAACAUCUUUAUCAUCUUCACAACAAAAGAAUACUAUUGAAGAUGAAGAGAAUAAUACCAAUAAUAACAAUAAUAUUGCAGAUGCUUCAAUCGAUUCUGAUGUUGGUGACUUAAAUGAAACACCAUUAUCAUCCUCCUCUUUAUAUAUUGAAAAGAAUUUAUUGGAAUAUCAAUCAAAGAUUGAGCCAUUAGAAAAGAUUGAACAAGAUAUUAGAAAAAUGAUUGAACUUUGUGAAACACCAAUCGAUGAGUCAAUAGAUAUCAAAGUAAAACUAUUAAAUGAAAGAAGAACUAGAAAGAAAGCACUCGAAUAUCAAUUAUCAAAAUUAAGUGAAAGAAAGAAAUUAAUUGAAUUAUCUUAUCAAAAUCAAGAUAAUAAUAAUAAUCAAAAUAAUAGUAAUAAUAAUAAUAAUCAAAAUAAUAUUUGUCAUUGUUGUUGGGUUGUUAGUUGUUGA